GGACUGCCCAAGCAUGGCCACCCAGAUGUUCGAGGGGAAAGGGCAUGCGGCUGUCUACCAGAAAUACAGGUUUGCGCCGGGCAAAGAGCUGCAGCAAACCAUCCUCACCUACCUGCAGGAAAAGAAGGCAAUCCCUGCUGAGCUGGUAGUGGAUGUUGGCUGUGGGUCUGGACAAGGCACCCUCUUCCUUACGGAGCACUUCAAGAAGGUGGUAGGGACAGACAUCAGUGAAGCACAGAUCCAGGAGGCCAGGGACACCUCCUCCACACCCAAUGUCUCCUAUCUCGUGUGCCCUGCAGAGGAGCUGCCGUUCCAGGACACCUCGGUGGACGUCCUGACUUCAUUUACAGCUGCACACUGGUUUGAUAUAGAGAAGUUCAUGAGAGAAGCAAACCGGGUGCUUAAGCCAGGUGGCUGUGUGGCCAUCAGCACCUACACUGUGGACAUGAGCCUGCGCUAUGGAAACUGCUCUGAAAAGCUGACCAAAAUCUUCAGGGAGUGCUGGGACCUGAUUUUAAAAUACUCACAUAAUAGACUAAAAUUCGUCUUGGAAGACUACAAAGCGAUCUUCGAGGCCUUGCCAUUCCCAGACAAGAAGAGAAUCACUGAUAUCUUUGACAAAAUUCCCAUGACUGUUGAGGGUGUGAUUGGUUACAUGGAGUCUGCCUCUCCAUAUCAAACCUUUAUGAAGAAUGACCCUGAAGCUGCAAAAUCCCUCCUCCAAGAGACUGAAAAGAGGAUGCUGGAGGUGAUGGGAGUUUCUUCUCGUGAAACCCCAGUGGAGUUCUGGGUGAGGCAUGUCUGUGUGCUGGGCUGCAAGGGACAGUGAGAGAGGAAACCCUUCUCCUGGUCUGGUGCUAGAACG